AACUGCCCAACAGGCAGUUUGUGCACCCAACUGACACUUUGUAGAAACAGGGGAUGCAUUAGACUAUUAUUUAGCAUUAUUGCAUUUAUUUUAAGUUCAAGUGGAUUUUUCAGUAUUUGGGUUACGGUGGCAUUGCUGUGCUCAAGGUUGUCCUGCACACAAUGGGGGUCAAAGCAGCUCUUCCGAGGUACGAGUUCUACUUUUAUAAUGUAGUGCUGUGUAUGGCAAUGCUGUGGGCUGCCAGAUGGAUAUUUGAUGUAUCUAGCUCAAAUUCCAACAGAAAAACCUUCAAGACCAGUGUUCAGUCAGGAUGGUAUUACUCUGGUAGAAAAAUGGAUACAGCUGAUGUUGAGUGGAUGAUGUGGUUCUCUAUGUUUCGAGAACAUAUCAUCUUUGCACUCUCAGGUCAUGUGAUCUUUGCCAAGAUCUGCACCUUGCUGGCUCCUCAGUACAGAUCUCUGGUGUUCAUGGUGUAUGGUAUGCUGGCGGUUUUCACCAGUAUGGGCUGGGCCUACGUCACGCUCAUCCUGUCUCACUGUGUGCUGCUCUACAGCAUCUCUCUGGUCAAGCUCAGGUGGCUCUGCUUUGUCGCUGGACUCACUACACUGGCUACUUUCAAAAUGGAGCCCUUCAUUUCCUGGCAGGCAGGGUUUGUGUCUGGCAGUUUUGAGCUCCGUCCUCUUCUGUUCUACGGCGGCUGUGGGUUCACUAUCAUGCGGUGUUUGAGUUUUGCUCUAGAGAACUGUGAGAGGAAAGAUGGAAACUACAGCAUCCUGGAGCUUCUCAAGUACAACUUCUACCUUCCCUUCUUUUACUUUGGACCCAUCAUGACCUUCGACAAGUUUUACAUUCAGCAGGCCAAUAACCCAAACCUGACAAGGAAGAAUGGAGAGAUGUGGAACAUUUCCAUUCAGGCCCUGCUAAACCUGGGGGUUAUUAUGAUAGUGGCGGUCAUCCUACACUUCAUGUACAUUCUGACCAUACCUAGUGACAUGAAGCUCCUUAAACACAUCUCUGACUGGGCCCUUGCUGGAUUGGCUUAUUUAAAUCUGGUGUAUGAUUGGGUGAAAGCCGCGGUGAUGUUUGGAGUGAUAAACACAGUAUCAAGACUGGAUCAUCUGGACCCUCCCAAACCACCGAAAUGCAUUACAAUGCUUUAUGUGUUCUCUGAGACACACUUUGAUCGAGGAAUAAAUGACUUUCUCUGCAAUUAUGUUUAUAACUAUCUCGGUGGGAAGCAUGACAACGUUUUGGAUGAGCUGAUAGGCUCUCUGUGCACGUUUGGCAUCACAGCCCUCUGGCUGGGACCGAGCUGGGUGGUUUUCAUCUGGGCUUUCUUAAACUGCUUUGGCCUUAAUUUUGAAUUGUGGAUCGCCAAGUUCUUUACCAUGGAACCUUUUAUUUCUAUUGAGGUAAGCUGAAAGAUGACCAAUAAUAAUUUGCUUGAUUUUCUAGUCAUGUACUGUAACAUGUAUG